GCUAUCUUUACCAAGACAUUUUGCGUGAUAGCUGCUACCUUGUUUCCCGGUUUGAUAGAGGCCCAUCGCAGACCGUCUAGGCCAGCCAGUUGCAAGUCGCAAGGGAAUGAAUUGAUAUUAAAUCGUCGUGCUCAGCAUCUCUCCUGGCGCCAGCGUCCAGCACAAUAUGACGGCUGUGAGUCCGGCGGAGCGGGAGCAGAUGUGCUCUGUUCUUGGAGGCUUUGGGGCUGACCUGAAGCAACUAGACGAUAGCGCUGUGGACGCGCUGUGGAAGGCCGGCUAUCGCUCCGAAGACCUCCUGCAAAUUGCCACACACAAAGGCCUGAAAGACGCGGGGCUGCUGCCUGCCUACGUAGACUACGUGCUAUCGCUGAAAGCCUCGGCGGCUGGGCUCGGCGUGGGGAGCGCGCCUGGAGCUGAUGGGCGACACCUGGCCUGGGUUGCCGUUCCGCUCAUGGUACUGGCGCUGGUGGUCGACCGCGGCGUCAGCACUCUUGACGACAUCAAGCAGUGCGCGAAGCUAUUCAUCGCACGCAACGACGUCGCCCUGGCGACAGCGUACCACGGCGUGCGUGGUGUCGGGGUCGUGGCCAGCGUUGGCCUGGGUGUGGUCGCAGCGGUUCGCGCUUGCGUCAAGCGCCUGAAGGUGCAGCCUGGCCGGCCCCGCGUGUCGCGGCUGAAGCGCCCCAAGCAGCAACUUGAUCUGGCCCCUGCAGGCGUGCUGCCGGCCGCCAGAACGUCCACCACGGGCCAGGUGAACGCUUCGCAGGAUGGCUGAGGCGAUGGUGGUACUGGAUUCUGGGAAUUGCAGGGGUGGAGAUAGAUGCAAGCGAGGCACAUGCAGGCUCCAACUUCCAACGAACUCCUGAAAUGAUUGGAUCCACAACGGUACUGCACCCAACUGCUAGCAGAUGACUUCUGGAUGCGUGCUGCUUCACGUUCCAUGUUACUUGUUUGUGAAAUAAGUGCGCAAGCUUUGGUUUGGUGGCUAUGUGGACGGGCGUCGUGGCUGUUUUCGCUGAAAGCCAUGUCACUCCGCCCACUCGGUGGUUGCGUUGGUUUGCAGGUUCGAGCCGAGUGUGCAUGGAUGCUUAGGUGGCCGGUGCUUGCGUGCACAUGCAACCAAGGAUACAGUAUGACGAGUGCGGGGUGCUGCUAAAAGAAUGAAGUGAGCUGUGGCCGUGGUGACGAGCAGCCCGCAUAAUGAGCUGCUUUAUUGGGUUAGUGGGCCUGGAAAACGCGGAUGAUAAAGAGGUGGGCGCGGUGAUGGGCGAUGACACACUAUCGUUCAAUCAAGGCAGUGCUGAAUGAUGAUGAGUUGGGUUGCAUCACGUACAAGCUUGAACUAGAAACCACUGACUGCGUGAGUGUUGUAGCAUUGGUACCGUGAGUGUUGUAGCAUUGGUGGUACCGUAUUUGCAUUUACGAGUGACAGGAAGAGGAGGCCGUACGUAGCGACCCUGGAAGCCAUCUCUGUUCGGAGCCGAGGCAUCAAUGAGACAGAGCUGCACGCAUGCCGCUCACGCCCACUCGCGUGCAGGUCACCAGCUGUAACACAAGGAGCAG